AUGCUUAUUUUAUUCAUAAUUAUUCUUCCUUUAAUAUCAGCGGAUAAUAAUAAUAAUAAUAAUACAUCAAUCAUAUAUAUUCAUGAAGAACUUCCAUCAAAUAGUUUAUUAUUAUCAUCGAUAUCAUCAACAAAUAGUGUUCAAUGGUUACCUUCAUCUUAUUCAUAUCAAACUUAUUUUUAUUUAAAUGCUAAUCAAUCAUUAUAUACGACAAAUCAACGAAUUGAUCGUGAAGAAUUUUGUGAAAAAAAUCUAUGUAAUUGUUCAUAUUGUUUAUUAACAUUAAACUUUUUACAAACAUUUUCAACAAAUAAUAUUUCGAUUCGUACAAUUCAAAUUAUUAUUGAAGAUAUUAAUGAUCAUUCACCAGUAUUUAAACAAUCAUUAAUUAAACUUCCAAUCGCAGAAAAUGUUCCUAUAGGCUAUGAAAUUCCACUUGAACCAGCUGUGGAUAAUGAUUAUGGUUUAUUGUCAAUACAAAAAUAUGAAUUACAUCCAUUGAUCAAUAAUCCAUUUCGUUUAAUAAAAACUGAUAAACCGAUUUUAAAACUUGUUGAAGCAUUAGAUCGAGAAACAAAAUCAAAUUAUUUAUUACAAUUAAUUGCCUAUGAUGGUGGAUCACCAUCUUUAUCUGGUCAACAAAAAAUUGAAAUUAUUGUUACUGAUGUCAAUGAUAAUCCACCAGUAUUUGAUCGAUCGAUUUAUCAACAAUCGAUUCCAGAGAAUGAAAAAAUUGAUACAAUUAUUUUACAAAUACAUGCAACUGAUCGUGAUGAUGGUGAAAAUGCACGUAUUAGUUAUUCAAUUGAUGAUCCAUCAUCAACAUUUCGUAUAAAUGAAAAUUCAGGAGAAAUUUAUUUAAUGAAAUCAUUAGAUUUCGAAAAAAUACGUUCAUAUUCAAUCUCUAUCACAGCUCGUGAUCAUGGCACACCACAGCUGAAUAAUUAUGCACAAUUAAUAAUCGAUGUAACAGAUGUUAAUGAUAAUAUUCCAAAUAUUUUAAUCACAGAAAUAAAUGGUACUCAUCAUAAUAAUCAACCAAUUAGUUUACCAGAAUGUACACCAAAAGGCACCACAUUAUUUUAUAUCUAUGUUACUGAUGAUGAUUCUGGUGAUAAUGGUCGUGUUAGUUGUACAUUAAAUGAUACACGUUUAAGUUUAGUUUAUUUAACUUUAAAUGCUUAUUCAUUACAAAUAAGUGGUUCACCUCAAUUUGAUUAUGAAACUGAACAAUCAUUAGAAAUUGAAUUAAAAUGUACAGAUUAUGGUAUUCCAAGUUUAUCGAAAACAAAUUUAUUUCAUAUUGAAUUAGAAGAUUGUAAUGAUAAUCCACCUGAUAUUAUAUCUCCAUUACCAUACAAUGAAACAGUUUCAAUACCAUUUGAAACAACUUCUAUACCAUCUAUAAUUACACAAUUUAUUGUUGAUGAUCGUGAUCGUUUUCAACCGAAAAAUUUUACCUAUUCAUUUAUAGUUAGUCCAUCACUUGAUUUAAGUUUAACGAAUAAUGGGACAUUAAUUCUUUGUUCAAUGCCAUUGAUAAUGGGCUUUUAUACAAUAAAUGUAACUGUUUAUGAUAUAGGAAAUUUAUCGAAUUCAAUAUCAAUACCAUUACAUAUUUAUUCGAUAAAUGAAACAAUUGUAAUGAAAAAAUUUAGUAUGGAAAAUACAAGUUUAAUGUUAAUAUUAUCAUUUUUUGUUAUUAUUUUUAUUGCAUCAGUGUUAAUUGGUGUAUGUUUUUUAAUUGCAUUUUUAUUACGACGGAAAAAACAAUCAAAAACAUCAUUAUGUUUAUGUUGUUAUUCAUGUUUUAAUAUUGAAAAAAAAUCCAAUCGUAAUUCAUCAUGUGAAAGUAUGAAUAGUUCAAAUGAACAUGCAGAUUCAUCUCAAAAAACAACAAUUGAAGUUCUUGAUGAUGGAAGAAAUUCAUCGAACCGGAUCUAUCAAUAUGUAGUUAAACAAGGAAAUGAUUUAAGUUUAAUCAAUACUCGUGAUAAUCAUCAACGUGAUUUUAAUUAUUCAGAAAAGGUUGAACGAUAUUUAACGCAUUUAAAUUCAGGAAUACUUAGUAUUGAUCCAAAUUUAUCGGAUGAAGGUGUUUAUGGUUCAUCAGAUUUAUCAUCGGAUCAAAUUCAACAAAUAAAUCUACGACCACCAUCCAUUGUAUCUAUGCCAUCAUCAUUACAACAACAACAUUAUCAAGAUAGUUUAAGACGUUUUGAACAAUUAUAUUCACUAGUUGAACAUCGUCAACCAACAGCAUUUACGUCAGAUAGUCUUUAUGUAUAA